UUAUAUGUGAGAGCCAUGGUGGAUUACAGUCCAUAUCAGGACCCUGCAAUCCCCUGUCCAGAUGCAGGCAUGGCCUUUUGUAAAGGAGACUUUAGGGAUUGUAGACCAGAGGGACAUAUGCUGGUGGCAGGCCAGGAAACUCCACAGUGCCUCAUCCUGUUGUGGCCUCAUCCACUCCACUAACCACUUCAAAUACAAGCAAAAGGAGUUGUGGUGGUCACAACCUUGUCAAGCGCACACCUGCAUCAGACCCUGAGAAGAUGAGGGAACUGAUGAGGACAAAUGCACUGAAGCAGAUGAGGUUUUGAGUCUGGUAGUUUCAGAGGAGGGUGAGAAAGGUGAACACAUGCCAGGCUUAUACAUAGUGGGGUUCCGGCACAGUCUGCGUGUGUGGAGGAGGAAAUCAUACAGUAAACGAAAGCAGUCGUGUCAUUCCUGCGGUGUCAGCACUUCAGCCAACCUUUAUGAAGAGGUGGUGAACUACCAGCGCCACAUAGACGAUCCCCCAUGCCUCAUAGUGCUCAUUGGCAUGGUCCUCUAUGUGUAGGAACCUUAUACCAUGUAUCUGAAAUUUUCUGCUCUCUGUAGGACAACUCACAGUAAUGAGAAGUACUGUCCAUCGGGAGUUAGGGUAAAUGAACUACGCAGGAGGCUAAUCAAAAUCAACCCUAAUACAUUCCAGGGACCAAUAUCUCAAAUGUGACACAACACGACCCCUGAAUAAUGGUGAGAUAAAUGGACGUGAAUAUCACUUUGUUACCAAGGAAGUGUUCGAACACAUGAUUUCUAGAGUAUGGAGUGCAUAAAGGUACCAGUGGAAAAAUAUAUGUUAUUGACAAUGAACCUCGUUGCAUUCAAUCAGUGAGAACCAAGAAGCUGAAGCCCUACAUCAUAUUUGUGCAGCCCCCAUCCCCUGAAUACAUGAAGCAAACAAGAAAAGACCAGAAUUGUGUUGCCUACAGCUACAUCAUGAGAUCAUUCAAACAAGCAGGACUAUGGAGGCCAAAUACCACCAGUUCUGCGACUGCAUGAUAGUGAAUGAUGAUCUGCAGGAUUCAUGCAUGGAUCUUUUCACAGCUAUACAACAUGCUCAAGAAGAACCAUAGUGGAUACUUGCCAGCUGGCUUGCCCCUGACGAACCCUGAUACACACACACACACACACACACACACACACCGACCUUGACAUAAGAACAUAGGCCUUUUAGGACUGGAAGGGAAUUGUUUGAAGGAAUGUUAAGAGUUGACUUAACCUAACUAACAUUGCUAUAAAAAAAGGCAUAAUUCUGCAGGCAGCUUAGAGCAAAUGGAGUGAUUUUGCAUGUGAAUUAGUUAUCAGAAAAUAUAAGAUAAAUACUGCUUGCGGGAUUUCAUUGGCACCAUUUGGCAAAUAUAUAAAUAUAUUUAGGCCUUGAGGGAUUUCACUAGUUGUUUUAGGAGAUCAAAUGGUUUAUUUCUGGUGAUUUGCAUUGCCUGCAACCACAUGUUUACAUUGGCUUAGAAACUGUUUUUAGAAACAUCAUUUGUAAAAGGCAUCUGCUAAAUUAAUGUAAUUUAUGUCUAACCAAGAAUAGUCAUACUUGCAAUCAGUGAUAUUUUUCCAAAAAUGCUUUUCAGAUUAAUCUGAUUAAACAUUCUCUGUUAAACUGUCAUAUUUUGUAGAGAAAUUGUUGUGUUGUUGAAGUUGUAGAUAACCUGCAGAUUUUUAUUUAUUAUUUAUUUAUUUAUAAGAAGCAUUGCUAUUUAAUUUAAAUAUUAAUGUAUUAACCAGUGGAGAAAGGAAAAAGUAAUAUAUUUUUCUUGCAAAAAGAUAAAAGAAUAUAACAAAGACAUUUUAAAUACAUGUUAUUUAUACUUUUCAAACACUUUUCUAAGUCUGAUUUUUCUGUCAGUGAUGUUAAAAGCUCAGGGUAUUUCAACUAUAUUACUGCCAUUAUAGACAAAUUCUGUUAGUCACAUUUCAUCUCUUAUAUAGAUUACGGAUUAUUACUUUUCCGGAGGUGAGGCAUACUCUCAUGUUGUGAUUAUUAUACACAGUUUGUCGGCAUGCCACCUGUACUAUAUGUAUUGGAAAUGUGUCACUUCAAAAUAAAGCAAUAUAUAUUUUAAAACUAAGAACUAGGUGAACUUAUUUGUUUCACUUGGUGUUUUUUAGUGGAAUUAUUUAAGCAUGCUUAAUACAUAUUUAUUAUGUAACAGCUUUGAUGAAUGGUAUCUAGAUAAGGGGUUAUCUCAUUGUACACACUAGUGUGUGUAGGUGUGGUUCUCGCAGGGUGUCCUUACUAACCGAUCUAUGCCACACUAAUUCCCUCCUUGGCAGAUGCACGUCUGUGAGGAUUAAGCCCAGGAUUAGACAGCUUGACGGCAAAGCCAAGACUCCUUUCCUACUCUCACACCAUCAGCUCCUGCACCGGGACGCCAGCCUGACAAUAAUGAGAGGAAAACAAUUGGAAUUCCUAAGUAAAACAGUGAUUUGAUGACAAAAUAAGUGCUGAUUUUGGGUGCAUAAAGUCCAGACACCAGAGCCAAAAUGCCAAGUGUCAAACACAAAAAAAAGAAAGUCAAGAAAGAGAUCAAUGAAGUGGAGGAACCAGAAGCUGGGACAGAGCCAGCUAUAGAAAUGGAGGGUCUUGAAAGUCGCAGACAGUCUGAAAGCAGAGAGCCACUGACCCCUGAACCUCAGGAGAAUCCACCGCAGAGGAAGAAGAAGAAGAAGAAGGCUCAUCCUUUAGAUUAUGAGAGUGAACAACAAGACCUUGCAAAUGGAGAUGUUCAAGAGCCCCAUACAGAUGGUGAAGAAGUUACCAAAAAAACCAAGAGGAAACGAAAGGCCAAGUUGAUGGAGAACCAGUCCCAUAAUGAGCUAGGUGUGGAGGAAGAUGACAUCAUUACUGAUGUGCAUGCACCGAUUUCCCAACGUUCUUUAUUCUCUGCCCCUCUGGGUCACAGCCAUCCAACCGGAAAAGUGUUUGUAGAAAACAACCCAGGGCGAUUCCAGGCUAACGAUCAUUUGGACUUAUCCCGUGACCAGCUGGAGGAGUACAUGGAGGUCAGACCCAUGUUGAAUACACGAGAUGUUGCCAUGAGGGUCCACAGCGGCUUCAGGAUCAUUGGACUCUUCUCUCAUGGAUUUCUGGCGGGGUACGCGGUGUGGAAUAUCAUUGUUGUGUAUGUGUUGGCCGGAGAGCAGCUGACCAAACUACCCAACCUUCUCCAGCAGUAUCAUAGUCUGGCUUACCCAGCACAGUCUCUGCUCUACCUUCUGCUGGCUAUCAGCACUGUGUCUGCCUUUGACAGGGUGAAUCUGGCUAAAGCCUCCAUGGCUCUUCGAGGAUUUCUCAGUCUUGAUCCGGCAGCUCUUGCUUCCUUCUUGUACUUUGCUGCUCUCAUUCUGUCUCUAAGUCAGCAGAUGACCAGUGAUCGUAUACAUCUCUACCCCACAGCAAACGAGACACUUUGGCCACCAGGUUCAGAACAUCAGAUUCUACAGCCCUGGAUCGUGGUAAACCUGGUUGUAGCUCUGCUGGUUGGACUGGCAUGGGUGUUUGUUGCUACACGACCAGACAUGGACUACACUGAAGAUUUUUUAAUGGCAAUGGAAGUGGAGGAGUUUCCACGCCAUGUUGAGAAAAUCGAGCUUGCCGCCUGAGACUGAUACAUGCUUUUCAUUUAUCAAUGAUAAGAAAUCAAUAUUUAAAACAUUGAUGGACUGUAAUAAUAUGACAUUUAACACUGUUAUGCUAAAUGUUUUUAAGUAAAUAUUUUGUAUUGUACUUUAUUUUUGAGUUUGUUGUAUAGAUACUUAUUGUGCUAUAUACAAGUAAACAUUUUCGUAAAGUU